AUGAGCACGGCAGCAGCAACGGUACCAAUUGCGAGGAGCACGAGUGCAAGUACUCCUGGAAUCGUGAUUCCUGAAGGGCACACCCUUCAUACUGAAAACAACUCGCACAUCUUGAUAUCUUCCAAGGACGAAGCAUUCCUAAAUCCUGUCCAGGAAUUCAACCGGGAUCUCAGUGUCGCGUGCAUCCGCAUAUGGAGCGAGGAGAUUAAUAGGGAGAAGGAGGCAAAGUGGAAGCAGGGUCAGGAAAGGAGAGCGAAGAGAGCAACAACGGACGUAGCGGAAGGGAAGGAGGCUAAGAAGGUGAAAGGUAUGUGCAAGGAAUUCGGGGUUGUUGUGGAGAUGCUGUUGCUGCUGCCGUGCCCUCUGACUGACACCUUCCGUCUAGUCGACAAUGCCAGUGGGUCUUCCCUGUCGGUUGCCCAGGCCGAGGGCCAUGAUAUGGAAAAGUCUAGCACACUCCAGACACCCGAAGGUUUCACGAGGAACAUAGAGUAUCGGCCCUACAAGUUCGUUCUGCUCGAAGCCCUCUCGGCAACGGGGUUACGAUCCAUCCGAUAUGCGAAGGAGAUUCCACUUGUGAGAUUUGUGGUAGCGAAUGACCUUUCUGAAUCCGCAACAGCAGCCAUGAGAAGGAACGUCGACCUCAACGGCCUCGGUCCAAGUCCUGAGACAGGUGAAGGCAAGGUCCGCGUAAACGAAGGUGACGCCUGUGCUCUCAUGUACAAUCACCGCACAGAAAAGUCGCGUGUCGAUGUUGUGGAUUUGGAUCCCUACGGUACAGCAGCACCAUUCCUUGACGCUGCUGUACAAGCUGUAACCGACGGUGGUCUCCUAUGUGUCACUUGCACUGACUUAGCGGUCCUUGCUACGACCAAUUAUUUUGAGAAAUGUUUCUCGAAUUACGGUGGUGUUCCCGUGAAAGCUGAGUAUUGUCACGAGGCGGCCCUCCGACUCGUCUUUAACACCAUCUCCACAUCUGCGAGUAGGUAUGGUCGUUAUAUCGAGCCACUCUUGGCCCUCUCUGUCGACUUCUAUGUCCGCCUAUUCGUUCGCGUCCAUUCUGGUGCUGUCGAAGUUAAAAAGGCAGCUAGUAACACUUCGAUGUACUACAUUUGUUCUGGGUGUCAAUCCUUUUUUGAGCAAAAACUAGGAAGGACGAUUGAAAAGGUCAACGAGAAAACAGGUGCUAGGAGUUACCAGUUUAAAACCCAAGUUGGGCCACCAGUUCCAUCAGAAUGCUCUGAUUGUGGGUUCCCUCUACAUGUGUCUGGUCCCAUGUGGGCUGGGCCCCUUCACAACCCCGAAUUCGUCUCAAAGGUGCUUGAGCACGUGGAAGGCAACUUAGACAAGUAUGGAACAUCGGCCCGAAUGAGGGGCAUGCUAACCGUGGCGAAAGAGGAGCUUCACACACCGUUCUAUUUCACGCCAGCUAGAGUCGCAGGUUUCUUCCACUGCACCACUCCAUCACUCGAGGAGGUUGCUUCGGCGCUCCUGCACGCGGGCAGUGAUGUUUCGCGAUCCCACGCCUGUCCUGGUUCGCUGAAAACGACUGCAUCACGUACAGACAUAUACGACGUGUUCAGGUGCUGGGUGAAGAAGCAUCCUGUCAAAAUGGACAAGAUCUCGAACACAUCCCCGGCAGCUCGGCUUUUAGCGAAGGAACCGAGAACGGAAGCGAACUUCACCAAACACCCAAAAUCUGUUACACAGUCAUCAAAAGUCAAAUUAGUGCGCUACCAACAAAACCCAUUACCCAACUGGGGACCCGGUUCCAAAGCGUCUGGCAUAAAACGAAAGAGGAACGGAGAAGAUAAUGAAUAG